UAUCAUUUCUCUAUAAAUCCGCAGCCUCUGUGUCCCACUUUUCUCUCCCUGAAAACACGACAGAGACGGAAAAAGUUUCUGUGCUCCUCAACGUCUGCAACUAACUUUUUUUUUUUUUCUCUCUCUUUCUCUACUGGUAACUAUGGCAACAAUUUUCAGAUCUCGGCGAGCCGUGGAGCCCCGAUCGGGAGGGAAAAUGGUGCGAGCUAGGCGGGCGGUGGGGCCGAGGACUCCGUACGAGCGGCCAAGAUUGGCGAGUCAGGAUGGUCCCGAAAACCCUAGUUGGCUCUCCAGGCUCCUCUACUCGCCUUCUCGCAUCAUUGUUAGUGGCGCCGGGAAGCUACUCUCCACUGUUUUCUCUUCCGAGACCUCGUCCUCUUCCUCUUCCUCUUCUGCCUCGUCGUCCGGUGGCGAUUCAGGUUCAGAGGAUGAUAUUGAGAAUGAUGAUGAUGAUAUCUCUACUCGGAGGGCUAAUGGAUUGACACAGAAGGAUGGGUCAUCAGAGAUGAUCAAGUACUUUAGGAAGGAGCCCCAGACCCCACUUGGCAAGAGUGAGACAAAGUGUCUAAUUGAACAGUUACUUAUGCAGGAGACCUUCUCAAGGGAAGAAUGCAAUCGAUUAAUAAUGAUUAUUAAAUCAAGAGUUGUGGAUUGGCCCUCUACUGAAGUUGCAGAGGAUGGGAGACUGAAUACGGACAUGCCUGAUCUCUGCAGUACCGCCAUUAUGGAGGCAAAAAAAUGGUUAAAGGAGAAGAAGUUGACAAAUUCAAAGUCAGAGUUGGAUCAUGGAACCUGCACUUUAAAUUCUAUUAUGGUGUCACCGUUUACUGAAGUUGAAGUUGGUUCACCAGUGGAUAUGGCCAGAACGUACAUGCAGGGACGUCCUCCAUGGGCCUCUCCUUCUGAAAACCAUGUUGAAUGUAAAUAUCCAUCCCCAAUAGGGAUACAGCUUUACAAGGAAGAAACUCCAUUUUCUGUUGGUGGGAAAUCUACAUCCUCUUUGAAGCUGAAAAGGGAAUCUCCAGGCACUGGCUCAUGGAAUAUCCAGGAGGAAAUACGAAGAGUGCGAUCAAAGGCAACAGAGGAGAUGCUAAGGACGCUGCCUUCCUCCAAAAUUGAUCGGUCUGCAUUUUCUUUAGAACAUAAAAGUAGCCCUAAUUCUUUAGUGACUGAAAAACUAGAUGAUAGUAUGGGAGAUAAAAUGCUGACCUCUACACAACCAGUAGAUGCAUCUUUGAACUUGGCCAUAGAACGAACGACAUCCCAUGGCUUCCCUGUUUUGACAACACAAGAUGGGAUGCAGAAGGAGGCUUUGUCACCUAAUCCAGCUGUAAUUGCUUCUGAACAAAAUCAGGAUUUGGAAGCCACUCGGAUCAUUGAGGAAAAAGAAGGCUCACGGGAUGGCACAGAAGGGAUGGUGAGCCAGGGAGAAGGAAUUCAAUCAUCAGAAGAUAUGAAUACCGUAUCACACUGUGAUGCUGGUCCUGUCAAUGUUGAUGGAAAAAAAGAUGCUAUUGUGACAAAUGAGCAACGUAACUCUAUGGUGGGAGGAACCAUACAAGAUUCAGCAUUACAUGACAUUGAAUGCUUAACAUCAAAAGAAAUUGCUGGAACAGGAGGUGCUAUUGCUGCUAAUGGUUUCCCUUCUUCAGGAUACAGCUUGCUUGCAGGACGGGAUACAGAACAAAAUCCUGUGCCGGGUGAUGCGGAACACAAUCCCAAUAGUUCCAGCCAUGAUACGAUAGCUGCAGCAGAUGUCCUUAUGGAAGAAACCUGUGAGCUUUUGACAGAAUCUUCUAUGGAGGUCCCAAAUGUCGAUAGCGUAGCGGAGGGCCGUCCGGACAGUUCUAAUAUGCAAUAUGAAGAGUUAUCAGAGGACCUCUCUCAGCCAAAUUCAAAACACACUGUGGAAGACCAGACUAGCAGGAUUGUUGAGAACCGACGGGGAAAGAAAAUGAGCGGAUACAAUAGGAGGGGCAGGAGUAGGGUUAGGGGUAAAUGAUUCCAGAUUCUCCUCUUGUACUGUAUAUUUAACUGUAAACUAGCCUAGGAAAUUGAGGAUAGUGCCACGGCUAAGGCAGCAUAUGUAAGUUAUGAAAUUGACAACUAGGCAGGAUCUCUUUUUUCCCUUUUUUUUUGUUUUUUACAGCUUCUAAGAUUUUAUUUUAUUUUAUUUUUUGUAUUUUUCCAGCUUCUGAGAUUAGGUCCCAAUUAGCCAGGGUUCCAAAAAUUGGGAAUAAUUGGGUGUAAGAACACUAGGAAAUGCGAUUUGUGCAGAGUAUGAUUUAUAGGUGACGUGUUAAAAUGCCUUCUGUCCUCUAUUUUGUAAGAUAUUAACCCUAGUGUGGUGUACUUGCAACAACAUGCAAAGAAUGCUUUUGUUCAA